AUGAUUGUUGUGUUUACCGGUGGAGAUGACUUGGAAGAGGAAGAAGUGUCUUUUGAAGAUUAUUUGGGUCGAAAUCCUUCGGGUCUGUCACAAUCGAAAAGUUUAUUUGACAACAGAACAAAGGAUGAAGACAAGAAAACACAUCAACGAAAGAAUCUUCUUACAAUGGUGGAUCAGGUCAUGAAAUCAAAUGGGGGUCGGCCAUAUACAAAUGAAAUAUUCCAGGAAUUACAGAGAACUGAAAAGGAAUUCCGUGAUUUAAAAGAACGGAUUAAGGUGUUGGAAUCGGUAGAAAAUUCCAAUUCUGAGUUAUCUCAACUGAUGGGGAAGAGGCAAAAAGAAUAUGAAGAGAAGUUCAAGCAGAUGAUUCAGAUGGUUGAAUCAAAGUUGACUGAAGCAAAUUUGAUUCUUAAACAACAAUUGGCAGAAGAAAAGGGUGCACGGUUAGUUGCAGAAAAAGAUGCUCAAUUAACUAAGGUGAAAUUCAUAUUUGAAACGGAUAAUCUAAAGAAAGACUUGAUGAAGGCACGUGCUGACCUUGAUACACUUGAAACGGAUUGUGAAAAGAAAGACUUGGAGAAUGAACGUGUCACAAAUGAAAUGGAUAGUCUAAAGAAAAACUUGGAGAAGGCAAGUGCUGAACUUGCAAUUGCAAAAGAGGGAUGUACCAUUUUGUGA